AUGUCACGAAAUUGUUUUGUCCCGUUGUGUAAAGAAGGAUACCCCUCUACCAGGUCUACUAACAAGGUAUUGGGAAUUCGAAACAAAACAUUGUUUAAAGCACCUAAGGAUCCUAAAGUCUUAGCACAAUGGGUUAAAGCAAUUCCACGAUCAGAUCGAGAUUUGAGAUCAGGGAUAGACCGUGUGUGUGAAAAGCAUUUUGCUGAAACCAGUCUGAUAAAAUAUUUUGAAAAUGUAAUGGCAGAUGGUUCAAUCCAAAAAAUUGAAAGGGAUAGAAUUUGUUUAAAAGAAAAUGCAGUACCGUCAUUGUUUCCAGAUCUACCACAUUACUUAUCUUCUAUAAAAAAAAUACGAAAACCCCAAGUUCGACAUUUGAACACAAAAUCUAAUAAUGCUGAAACUCCUAACCUCAAUAGUUCAUUUAAUACUACAAUUAUCGAAUAUGAUAUAUUUUACAAUAUUGUGAAUCAAUUGAAAAGUACCAUAUUACCUGAUGCCACAUUUAUUUCCAUGGUAAAAGAUGAUUUGGUUAUUGGAUGGUUUGAUAAUGACAAAGAUACAGUGUUCAAAAAAAUUAUCAUUUAUAAAGAUAAUCUUAACAUACAAGUGUUUGUAAGCAAAGUCAUAGUGAAUGUUGAAGGAAUAAUGCAAACUGCUACAGACUUUGAAGAUAUUGAAAAAAUUAUAGCUAUAGUAAAUAAUUUACAAGCUUGCAGUGGCACUGGUCUUGAUAAAAGCCCACAAUCAGUUGCAUGCUAUGGUUAUGUUGAUGCAAAGAAACCAGGCACAUCAUUUACAGAUUCUCGUUGCACUGUAUGCUCUAAAGAAAGAAAAAAUAUGAUAGAUCUUCAGAGAAUAUAUACUUUAAGACAGAGAGAAAUAAAAAAAAAAUUAAAGAAACAGAAAAGCAUAGGUAGAGUCAAAAACAUUACUCGAAAGAAUAGCAGACUUAAUAAUAAAGUGUUAAAGUUAAAAGAAAAGGUAGGUUUGUUAAAACAGAAGUGUGCUACUGCAUCUGCUGCAGUAAUUGAAAAUGAAUUAACCAGGUUGCCUGAAAGUCAGCAAGAAGCAGUACGUGCUUGUUUUGCUGCUGCUAAAUUAAAAGAUCCUAAAGGAAAUCGUUAUUCUAUUAACUGGAUUUAUGAAUGCCUUUUGGUUAAAAUAAAAAGUAGAAAAGUUUAUGAACAUCUUCGUACAAAAAAAAUAUUAGCUUUACCCUGUAUAGAUACUUUAGGGAAAUAUAUAUCCAAAAUGUCUGGUCAGUAUGGUUUUCAACAAGCCAUUUUUGAUCUUUUAGCAAAAAAAGCAAAUUGUAUGGCUCCUGAAGAUAAACGAGGAAUUCUAUUAUUAGAUGAAAUGAAAUUAAGUGAAUCAGUUUCAUUUAAUAAAAAAACUCUAAAGGUUAAUGGUUUGGUUAACUUGGGCAAUUAUACUCCCGAACAUCAGAUAAAUAGUAAAGGUGAUCAUGCCUUGGUUUUAAUGUACCAACCAUUUCGAGGAAAGUGGGUCCAGGCCUUAGCAGUUUUUUUGAGCAAAGGUUGUGCUUCAAGUACAGUGUUACAUAAGAUUGUUAUGGAAUGUGUUAUUCUUUUGGAGAGAUCUGGUUUCCAUGUAGACGGCAUUGCAACUGAUGGCGCUACUUGGAAUCGUAGUAUGUGGACAAAGUUUGGAAUUUCGUCUGAAAAUGUUAGUUGUGAACAUAUUUAUGAUUCAUCAAGAAGGCUAUGGUUUUUGUCAGAUUUUCCCCACCUCAUUAAGAAUUUCAGAAAUUGCAUAGUGAAACAUAGUGAAUUUUGGACACCAGAUGGAAUAGUAAAGCUAAAACAUUGGGAUGCCAUAAUAACUUCUGAAAAUCCUUUUGGUUAUAAUUUAAAAUUGUGUCCUGGUUUAAGUAAUGAUGACGUACAUCCUAAACCCUAUCAAAAAAUGAAUGUUGGCAGAGCAUACCGUUUUUUUGGUGAAAAAACUGCUAUAGCUAUGGAGAUUUAUCGAGAAAAUAAUGUGGAUUUAAUUGAUUGUGAACCAUCAGUUAUACUUAUUCGUCGAAUUAAUAGUUUAAUUCAGGCCAUGGAUUCUCGAAUUCCUAGCAAUAGUCUCAGGAAAGCUUCUCCUGAAUAUGAAGUAAUCAAACAUUUUAUACAUUAUUUAGAUGAAUGGCAUGAUACUGCAAAAAAAAACAACUAUAAUUUUUUGACUGAUAGCACAUAUUUUGGCUUAAAAGUUUCACUUAAGGCCACUCUAGAAAUUUUUGACUAUCUUGAGACUUGUUGUGACUAUCAUUUUUUAAUGACAGCUAGAUUAAACCAGGAUAAUUUAGAGAGAUUCUUUUCAAUGAUGCGUAGUUCAUGUGGAUCUAAUGAUCACCCAGAUUCGGUAUUAUUUGUUCAAAUAUUCAAACUAAUUUGCACUUAUUCAUUGGUAAAACCACCUAAAGGAUAA